UUCCAUCACUACAGCCCUUCCUCUACUUCACCGUAUCCAGUAAUUAUCUACAUCACCAUUAAGCAAAUUGAGCCCAUACUAUGCUGGGUCCGUCCAUUGGCAUACAUAUCCACCGAGGUAGACUCUCAAAAGCCUGCAAGAGGUGCAGGGAUAGGAGGCUACGGUGCGAUCUCCAGCGGCCAAGCUGUAGCUCAUGUAUACGCGCCAACACACCGUGUACAGGUUAUCGAGACACGGAAACGGUUCGCAUCAAUGACCAGACCGAAUCUGUGCGGUCCAAAGCAUUAGCUCCGAAGAACGAGACCAAUGCAAAGCAGCCUGGAGCACCUUCGAAGUUUACGCACUUUCCACAAGACCUCCAAGUCCUGGGACGGAGCAUGUUCUUCUCCUACUAUGUCGCAGACUUUAGCCGAACGUGGGACUUCUUGUACGCAUACCAAGACCCGCAGGUUGUACCCGAGCAUCUGACACUGGGCAUCGACGCCGUCAGCCUAGCCUUUCUCUCACAUCAAGUCUCUUCUCAAGCAGCAAGAGACCUAGCCAGGAGAAAGUAUAGCGCCGCAUUGAAAAGGUUUAAUAGAGCAUUGCAGGAUCCAGAAACUGCUCGCAAACCAUCCACAUUCGAGAGUGCGCUCUUAUUCGACCUCUUUGAAAAGAUCAUGAAGUCAGAUGCUGAUGUGGAUGUAUCGAAUUAUGCGCAUGUCGAAGGAGCGCUUGCCCUAGUUAAGCUACGAGGCAUCGAGCAGUUCCGCGAAGGAACGGAACUGAGAGCUUUGUUGGGUCUCGCGUUGAGCGCGACGAUAUAUGCCCUGAGCACCGGCAAUCCGAUUCCCGAGGUCGUUCGAGGAAUCAGGAGACAUGCUGCGCAAUUUGUUGAUACGUCAUACCCCAAGUGGAGACUAAGCGACGUUAUACUAGAAGUCACCGAUACAGAGGUUGAGAUGCUAUUCUCUCGCUCAGCGUCAUCGUCCCUUUGCGCAAAGAAUAUAGAGGAACGGAAAUUUAUCUCUGGACAUGACCCAAGGAGGAUUGUUCCAGACGGAUUCUUCCCCCUUUACGACGUGUAUCCCAACCGAAUGGUUACGCAGAUGUGGAAUGUUCUGCGCUUAACUCGGAUCCUGCUCUGCGAGCAAGUUGUAGAUAGCUUAUCGUCUGUGGAAGAUGAAGACGCCGAGCAUAUAAUUGAACGCGCAAAGCUCACGAUCACAUCUAUGAUCCGCGAGAUUCUCGCCUCCGUCCCGCAAAUGACGAAUUGCGACUUCGCUGCUCGACAUAAAUUGCCCAAGGACUCUCUGCCAGGUCGUCAUACACAUACCAUGUCGCACUUUCUCGACGUCUACAUCCUCAUCUACGCUCUAUACAUUGUAGCAUGGUCUCGUAACUGUCCUCCAGUAGCCCGGGACUGGACCAUGAGCCAGCUCAAUCACAUAUCCGAGCACUUCGGGAUCAAAGAAGCUUCCAUUGUCGUCGGCAUCCUGCGCCAGCAAAAAACGCAGAGGGAUCCAGUUAAUUUAUGGUACGUGUACGCCCUUCUUGUAUACUUUGACCUAUGCAGUGUAGUUAGCACGUAAUGCUGAGGGUACGCAGUGUGGCAGGCUCAUCAUCAUGUGUUUUAUCUCGGUUUUCCGUAAGAAUCAAUGCUAACUUCGGUGUAGGAUGGAUGAACCACGGGAACUGCGCCCUUGGAACGAAGUAGGAACGGUGCAUUCUCAACCAUGCGAGGAAGUUCGUGCAGACCCAUGGCUUGUCUAUAGACUUCUUGGAAGUUAUGCUUUUGCUGCCACGUAAAU